AUGGCGGCGGCAGCGGCGCCGCAGCAGCAACAGCAGCAGCCACCGCAACAGAACAUGGAUGAUGAUGCCUGGGGCCCUGCGGACGAUGCCCAUGCGGGCUCAGCGCGCGCUGCAGGCAGCGCAGGGCGGGCCAGCCCCGGCAGCGGAGUGCGGGACCCUAGGGACCCCAGCCAAAGCAACUGCCCCGCCCCACGUGCAAGCGUUCAAGAGGUAUUGCGCCUGAAGCCCCUGCUGGACCUGAGACUGUCACCCGCUGCCGCGGCCAGCAGCAGCGGCAGCACAGCUUCGGGCAUGGCCCGACGCGCAGAGCGCAGCUGCGUCCCGUCGCUCCAAUCGCUCGCACUCGGCGUCGUCGCGCGCCACGUAUCGGAGCUUGCCGCGGCCCUCAGCCCCGACGGCUGCGGCUGGUUGCCAGCAGAGGCCAAGGCGUCGCUGCUGGCUGCGGCGCGGCGGCGGCGGGAGCUGUCGGACUCGGUGCUGCUCGCGCUCGCCGACCCAGCACACACGAGCCUGGACGUGAGCGGCAGCCGCGUCGGCGGCGCCGCGCUGCUGCGCGCCGCGGAGCGCAUGCCGCUGCUGCGGGCGCUCGAUGUCACCGGCUGUGAGCGCGUGUCAGCGGGGUGCCUGCGGAAGCUGCCGGCCGCAGCGCCGCGGCUGGCGCUCCUGCGCCUUGGCGGCGGUGGCGCCGCUGGCGAGGCUGCGGCUAAGGCGCUGCCGAAAGUUGUGCCAGCGAUAGCUCCAGAGGUGGCCGGGGAGGAGGAGGGCUUUGCCGGAGGCCGCGGGCAACCAGGGGUCAGCCACGCCAAUCGAGCAGCACAGCCAUUGGCGGCGCUCGCGAUCGCACCCACAUCAACAGCAGGGCAUUUUGAGUCUAAAGCGGGGGCAGCAGUCGUCGCAGCAGCGGAUAGCUGGGAGGAUCUCGCAGGCUCUGGCGACAAUGGCGGCAGCGGCAGCGGCGACGGCGGCGGCGCAAGUCUAGUCGGUGGCACCCCUUCCAGAACAGCAGCGGUCCCACCCUCUCUGGUGGCAAGCAGCAGCGGCAACGGGCGGUUAUGGGAGCUGCGGGUGGUGGUGUGGCCAGACUGCCCCAGGCAAACACGGGAGGCUUUGCAGUUGCUUUGCCCGCGGGUCGUGCUCAACCCGCCAACGCUCAGGCCCGGCGCUCUGCUUGGGGACCUGCCGCGGGAGCUGGACCCUGGAAUCCCGCUGGAUGCGGCUGCGUUCGACGUGGUGGGGCCGGCCGCUCUCGAGGACAUCAAUGCCGCCGAUGAAGCGCGCCGUGCCGAGCAGUCCGGCCCCAGCGUGGCUGAUCGUUUCCGUCAGGCCUACAUCGACCGUGAAGAGCGGCGGCGCCAACGCGUGGCGAGGCUUGCCUGGCUGGAGCAGCGGCGCGCUUCACGCGAUAAGUUUCGCAGCAGCGGCGGCGCGAGGGCGCUCAGCGGCUGGCUAGACGCGCUGUAA